ACAAAACGUAUAGCCUACUUUGGAAAAAAUACACUCACUUGACGGCUAAAACAGACACUGCGGCUUGUUGAUUUGCGACGAAAAUGGCAAACUUAUUUAUCAUCUUUUGAUAAUAGCGUAUUUUUGAUUUAACCCUCUGAUCCAGCAGAAAAUUUCAAUUUUAGGCGUCUGCAAAUAUUUUGCUACAGCUCGGCAGCCCAGAGCAACGACGAGAAAGCGAGCAGUCAACGAGUACAUUUACUACAGAAGUGAUGCGAUAAAAAGGGAAAGCUGCCUGUGCUCGGUGCUCGCGGUUUGUUGUGGAAUUAUUUAUACGUGGUUAAGCAGUGAAGCGCCUCCCAGUGCCUCGGUCAUAGAUCCUAAAGCCUGGUGCAUAUAUGCAGAAUGCAUUUUGGUUUGAGGACGAUACUAUAGCUGAUGAGGGUCCUUCCAUUCGCCCAUAGGGCCCCUUCAACCUGAACCUCCUUUCCUUCUCUAGCCAAUAGAUAUCUCUGCACUUGUAUGGAUGUCGAAUCGUACUCAAAUACUUUGGCAUCAACUCGGUUCGGUCGUUGGACUCUGUGGCUGGAUUGUAUUUUAUCCUGUUUUUGGGAGUAGUUCCCGAUUUUUAUAGGAGACAGAAUUUACGUUCGUAAACGUAUAAAAGCUCACCAAAACUUAGCUGAAUAUAAUUAUAUGUUUGAUCAAACCACGAGUAUGGGCGAUGGAAUCGCCGAGGAUCGAAACCAAUGUGGAUCCGAUGAUCGAGGCAGAGACUCUAAAAGCCGGACCGAUGUUGGUAACCGAUCACCUGUUCAGAUUUCUAGCGACACUCCGGGCACAUCGGCGUCCACACCGACUUCAUCCAGCGAGGAUGGACACGAUAAACUUUUAGGAGUCGAUCCGGACUACUGUCGAAGGAUUCUUGUCAGAGACGCCAAGGGCACUAUUCGGGAGAUUGUUUUGCCCAAAGGUCUGGACCUCGACCGGCCGAAGCGCACGCGCACCUCCUUCACUGCGGAGCAGCUGUAUCGUCUCGAGCUCGAGUUCCAGCGCUGUCAGUACGUGGUAGGGCGCGAGCGCACUGAGCUCGCCAGACAGCUGAACCUCUCAGAAACUCAGGUGAAAGUAUGGUUUCAAAAUCGCCGCACCAAACAGAAGAAGGACCAGACCAAGGACAUGGACAAGCGGACGUCGUCCACCUCUGAAUCGCUCGCUACGUGCAACAUUCUGCGUCUCCUGGAGCAAGGGCGACUCCUGUCCGUCCCGGCACCUCCACAAAAUCCAUUGUUGGCACACCCGCACCCAGGCAAUGGCUCUCUCCUCGGAAGCCCGUCAGUGUCCACUUCCUCCGGUGUGAGUCUCACCACCACACCGCCCGGUGCCAUGUCAGGCGGCGGUGGGACAUUUGGACUGUCACUGUCCUCGUUGGGGGGCACUCCACCUUCACCGCGGCUGGGGAUACCACCUCCCUCGCUUUGCUUUACCAUGCCUCUUUUGGGUGGUGCCCAUCACGAACUGCCUUCCGGAUAUGGGUGCGGGUCAUCAGCGUUUGAGCCCUACACAAGGAUAGAGCGAAAAGAUGGGGAGCUAGGUGGCAAGAAGACGGUUUCCUAAAAGCGUUCCCUCCCGUCGCCAUCUGCCUGUCUCAGGGCUCUCACCUGUGCCGUGAUCAGCCAGUUGUUGUUGGAUAGAGCGCUAGUUUGCGAAGGCUCCAACAAACAGAGAUUGAAAGACGUUGACAAGUCUUCAUUUUUUUAAUCGGAUUCGUCCUGUCCUUGCGCUAGUGCCUACAACCAAAUGUGUGGAAACGGCCAGUUAGACUCCAUCUUUUGUGUGGAGCUUUAUGAAAGACGAAGGAUGAAGCCUUGUAAUUUAGAAUCACUCCAUCUAGUGUACUUGGGAAGUCUCGUUCACACAACUACACUGUUUCCUUCCAUUUUGAAGUGUGGCGCAGAAAGCAUAUUCAUCGGAAAAAUCGAUGUUACUGUUUUUUAUUUAAGUUACUCGAAUGGGUGUUUAAAAAACCCUGAAAUUGGACGAAAAAUAUGAUGUAAAUGUUCUGUUUGAUUAACCUUGUGAUGCUUGUUCAUGCUGCUCUAAAUGGGAGAGUUUUUUUGGUCAAUAUUAGUGUGUGUCCUCAUGAAAGUGUAAGAACGACAGAAUUAUCUUUCCUUGUCCUUGAGAAGUAAACACGUACAGAAAGCACUGACAUUCUUUCAUUCGCACCGGAGGUUGUUGAUGGUAGACAAACCAUCAAAUCAGUUAUACGAAAGUUCAGAAGAACUGAAUCUUGAUCCAUUUAGAGCCGUUGACAGCUUGUGUAAACGUACCAGCCGUAAAUUAAUAUAAAUCUAAUGAAUCUGUUUAAUGAAUAUAUAUAUCAUAAAUGUAUUUCUUGUCAAGACCAGAAUCGUUUAAAAUUUCUUUAUAUCUCUUUUUAGUCUCUUUAUAGCAAAUUCAGUUUGGGACACGUUGCACACGUUGCCCUCAUAGGCUCAGAAACAUGUUUGUCACCAGUUAACCUGACCUUCCCAAUGUAAUUGACACAAAGGGCUCAUUACAUUGACUUCCGAGACAGAGGACUUCCAGUCGUUUGGAGUCAUUCAACAUCAGUUUUCAACAUUUCUAUGCUAAAGUAAUGACUGAACAUGCAUUGAAUCCGUGUCCCCAGCUCGUGACACACACUAUACGCGCCAUUCAUUACAGCCACACGCUUUCUUUCAAAACAUUCUUCAGAUGCUUUUAUCUAAAGCGAUUUAAAGUGCAUUCAAACUACACCUAUGAUCAGUUGUGUGUUACCUGGGAUUUGAAAUGCUUUCUAUGCAGAUAGGAUUUGAUUUUGUCUAUUUGUUUUAGGAAAAACCUUUACAUUGGAGUUAAGGAUGACAGGCGACUAGCAUCGUCCUUGGUAAAGUUGUUGGGUUAAUAUGGUGCUUAUUUACAACUCUAAUCGUAAAUGACUGUAUUAUUACUGCACGACUCAAUCUGCGGUCUUUCAGUACCUUUACCCCGAUGCACUUUAUGUUCUUUGUCUUCUGCCUCACAAGCGCAUGCUACCAUACAUAUCAAAUUGAAUCAGAUUUUGCUGGUUGCAAGAAAGUCAAAUGUUGCAUCCUAAUUUGCAUACUUAUGCUAUGCCCUUAAAUUACAUACUGUUUUGUUACGUAAAAUAAUAAAAGUAGUGUAUUCUUCUCAUUUUCAGUAAAUUGAAGCAUACUCACUUUAUACUACAUGCUACAAUUUGGGACAAUAUUUCAGAAACUAUUUAGGACAGCUAUUGUAUGUGAAUUUGUGUGCAGUGAAAAACAUUUUAAAAGUUUGUUUAGGUUAUGUAGUAGACAUGUGACAACAGCAUCACCAAAUGAAAUGACUGAAAUAAUGAUGCCCCAAAAUCAAAAAUGGUUGAGACGGUACGAGUCUGUCAGCUGUUUGAAACAACAUUUUGAAAGCUCCACAGAUCCACCUGUAACCUAAUCCGACAUCAACAAAAACAUUGUACUUUUUUUAAUACUGGAUCGAUACUCAGCAAUUAUGUUAAAAACUAGCACUGUCAUUGUUUCUGAAUGGCGUUGAUUAAGACUUCCGAUGAAGAAAAACGCUUGGAAGUGGUUUUGGUUCUGAAUAUUGUCAUCAUGGUGGUCAACACUGUUAUUUUUUAUUACGAUUCAGUUAUUCAGUUUGAAUAGCUAUUUGAACCCAAAUAGCUUAAUGAAAUUUGGAGAUACAGAGUCAAACAUACCUUUACAGGUUUUUCUUUUUUAAGAAGACUGAUAUGUUGUUUGCUUUAACAUACCUGUGUUGUAAUAAAAUGUAGGAAUGGAGCAUCUCGCAGUCUCAGUGACUGUAGAGUUUGGGACAAGCAACACUGUUAUAUAUCUGUGACAUUUUUUUGUGAAACGAGCAAACCUGAGAAAAAAUGUAUUGUUGACUUUGUGCUUAAGAUCGUCAACUUAAAUAAUUUGUCUGAUUUCGUUUUGGGAUGACAUUGCCACAGACAUGAUUGUAAACCAUUUCACUUUAAGGUCAGUUUACUGUUUGUGGCAUUUUUUUAUUUUUUUGCUCUCACGUCCAUGUUUCCUUGCAUUUUAAAAGGGUCAUUGGUCAAAGAUUCCGAGUAAGAAAGCCAUAAACUGUUUUUUUUGCGUGUCCGAAGCUAAAAUGAAAAGAAAUCGUGGCACCAGCUCCUAACAAAUAAAGAAAACACUUAAACAGUAUGUACAUAUUCAAUGAUUCUUUGCACAGUAUUUUCAUGUUGUAUUAUGUGAUCUUGAAAAAUAUGAA